UAAAAAGAGAAAAAUGAAAGUGGCCGUAGUCGGCGGUGGUAUAAUCGGUUUAACCACAGCAUUACAAUUAAAGCAUGAGUUACAUAAUGCUGAAGUUACAGUUUUCGCUUCUGACUUUGACGAUACCGUCAGCCAUGUAGCCGCUGGCAUAUUCAGAGUUGGUUCUUCCUACUCUGGACGAACCGAGAAGAUAACAAGAGAAUGGAUACGCGAGUCGUAUGAAUAUUACGAUGAUAUUCGGAAGAGUCAGGAAUCUUCGUUUGCUGGCGUGACAGCUGUUUCUGGUUAUAUAUUUGCUAAUUCUUCUCCAGAGGCCGUUAAGAAUUAUUGGAUGGAAGAAUUAGUACCGAUAUACAGGAGAGCUACAAACGAAGAAUUUCAAUUAGUAGAGGGUAACUGGAAGUACGGAUCAUUUUUUACGACUCUUCUCACUGAAUGCAAACUGCAUCUUCCGUGGGCUCGCAGAAAAUUACAAGAAACUGGAACUAAGCUAAUAACUAAAAAAUUCAAUACCUUGACACAACUUGCAACUGAGUGGGAUUUGAUUAUGAAUUGUACAGGUCUGGGGGCACGAUCUCUAUGUAACGAUAAACGUCUCGUUGCUAUACGUGGUCAAGUACUCAAAGUAAAGGCACCAUGGGUGAAAACAUUCUUUUAUGGUGAACUGGACACUUACAUUAUACCAGGCUUUGACAGCAUAGUUACUCUGGGUGGUACGAGAAAUUUCGAUUCGGAAAAUAUCAAACUUUGUCCUCAUGACUCAACGGCGAUUCGCGAGAGAUGCGAAAAUUUUCUACCAGUCCUCAAAAAAGCACAAGUUGUAAGAGAAGAAGUUGGCUUGAGACCGCACAGAGAAAACAACGUUAGAGUGGAGGCUGAACAAAUAGUGAACGGAUUUUCUAAGGCUAUCUUGGUGCAUAAUUACGGACACGGAGGAUACGGAGUGUGCACUGCUCCUGGAACUGCUAAGUACGCCGUGAAUUUGGCGAAAGAAAUGCAUAAAUCCUCUAUAGCAAAACUAUAAAGAGUGUGAAUAUUGUUUCGGCGUAACAUUUAGUGAACAUUAUUAACCUAAUCGUAUUCGAGGAAAUUCUAACAAGAAUUGCUCACGAAUAUAUGCAGUUUAUUAUUAACGAAUUUACAUAAGAAAAUCGUUAAUACGG